AUGGGAGUCUGUUGUAUCAAUCCUUAAAAGAGUCAAGAAGAUUAGAGUGUCAUGAUCUUGUUUUUCCUUAGUGAAGAAAAUUAAUAAAUAGUAUAAUAACAAUUCAAGGAUGUAUUAAACUUUUCAUUUGAAAAAUUGAUGAUAUUUUCAGAUUUUAGAUAUUAUCAGAGUAGAUUAUUUAUUUCAAAUGGAAAACUUCUGCCCUCCCCUGAUGAUUUUAAGUUGUAUUUGGGAAAUUGUUGUUUAGAAGGGAAUUUAAGAUAAAUUGUAGUUUUAGUGGAUUUGAAGACAUGCAAAAAUGAUUUUAAUCAAUUUAGCUACGUGAAAAGAUUGUAACAAAAUGAUUAAUUUAAAGACAUUACAAGUUUAUUUUUUCUUAAUAGUUUAGAAGAAAAUAUUACAUAAAAAGAUAAUGGGAUCUUAAAUUAACUUGGUCUUAAUUUCUAGAAAAUUCAAUCAUUCCAAUUAAAAGAAACACUCAAAAAAACUCUUGACUCUUAAAAUUAUGUUAGUAAAUAAAUCUAAUAUAACCUUCCAACAAUCAAAUAAUGUGAAACAUGUUAGGAAAUGGUUAAAGACUUAAUAAAUGAAAAAAAAAAGUUCUAUCAAACCCCUUCAUGUGGUAAUAUUGAUUUGUAUUUUAAAUUGUUGAUUGAUCUUCGAAAUUAAGUCGUAUACUCAUGUCCAAAAUGUAAUAAUAGAGAUGAUAAAAAGCAUAGAAAUGCUCUUUAUUUUAAGUUUAAUAUUGAAAUUAUAAAGCUAAUACAGAAUUUUACAUAAAAUAUCUUUUAAUAGAUCGAAAUUUAUUGUAAGAGAUUCUAGUUCAUGAUAAAAUGUUGUUCCAUCUGCAAAACUAUAUUCUAUUAAAACAGUCAAAAGUAUCCAAAAAAAAUCGAAUUUUUCAACAACUUACAAAAUAAUUGCAAUUCUUGCAAGUUUCAAGAAAAUAAGUAAGAAAUAUAAUUAAGAUAUAAAUCAUAGUUAGAAUUUUUCUCAAUGAAUACAAUUAUAAAAAAAUUGCAAACAAACUUAUCCUAUCUACAAUAUUCUGAAAUCCAAAAAGAAUAAUCAAUAAUAAUACAAAUGGACAAACAUGAUUUAGAAAAAUUGGAUGCCAGCAAAAUUCAGCCACAAAAUUCAAAUCUAAAUCUGAGUUCUCCAUCUCCAUCAAAAAUAAUCGAGAAAUAAAAUAAAAAUAUAAUGCUUAUAGGAAUGGGUGGAGUUGGUAAAACAUAUAUUUAUAACAAAUUAUCUGAAAAUAAUGAUUGCUAAUAAAAAUAUAAUGAGUUUACUCAGAAGUCAGUUCAUAAGAACAAAGAACUUUAAAAUUCUAACAAUAGUUCAUUCAAUGUUAUAGACACUCCACCUUUCGAACUUGUAGAUGAGAACUAAAUGCCGAAUUCAUAAAAAAUAGAUUGGUUUGGUAAUUGCUUUACAAAAAAUAAAGUAAGUAAAAUAUUUAUUGUUACAAAUUACGGUAGAAUAGAAAUUAUGAAAAAAAAAAUUAUGGAUUGCUAUAAAUUCUUAAAAAAAUUUUAAAAGAUACUUAUUAUCAUAAUUUUGAAUCUCUAAACUGAAAUAGAGCUGAAACAGUCAUCGUAAGAAAUGGUGGAAUUAGAAUAGUAUUUUGAAUUGGAAUGUAUAUAUUUCAAUCAAGUAGAUAAUGCGGGAACUUUUAGAGAGAAAAUAGCAAAUACUAUUUAUUCGAGCACUGAUGAAUACUUAGAUUUAGAUGAUACAAAAUUUGAUAAAAAAAAAAAUCAAUUAAUGUAAUCUUAAUUUGAAGAAAAAUUCACAUUAAUCAAAAACUAACAACAGAUUCUAAAGAUUUAAGAAAAUAUUUAGAUGCUAAUGUAAUAAAACAAAGAAAAAGAGGUAUAAAAAAGAAAAAUAACUUAAAAAAAAAAAGAGUUGGAGAUUGAGAAGUAACAACUAUUAAAUUACCUGUAACACAUUUUUCAAAAGAUUGAAAAUCUUGUCAAUGAUGAAAAUGAAUUAUAAACUUAAGAUUAGAGAAUAGAUCAAGAAUAGAAUGAGUUAGAGAUGGACGUGUUAAGGCUAGAGAAGCGAAGGUUUGAAUUAAAAUGUAAAAAGGAUUGA